AACAAGGGUAUUAUGAGUCACAUCGGAACACUGACUGGAAUGUGAAAAUUCCAGUAAUUCCAACGAUUAUUCCAGCACCAAUCAAACGUGUAAGAAUGAAUAAAUUUCAUUGGCUGAAUUCUUUGAGUUCCCGUGCAACAUUGUAUAUUAAUAUGAAAAAAACUGGAGCAAUAGAAUACACGAAUACAUCAAAAUUCUCCGUAUCAAUAACUUAUUAUUUAAAGCAUAUCAAUAGUAGUAGCAGAAAAUUUUAA